UGCGGGGUCGCCUUCCCAUCCCUCCGGCCUCGGCAUACCCGGAUCGUCGGUUCUGGCUGAGAACGCCGCCCCGCCGGAGACGAGGCCUGCCGCAUCCUCCCUGCAGCAUCUUCCCUGCCGCAUCUUCCCUGCUGCAUCCUCCCUGCCCGUCCGCAGAGCUGGACGGCGCGGGCCGUCGAGGGAAGGCGGCGUCUGCACCAGCCGUCACUUGUCCCACGGUAUCCCGAGAGGCUGCUUCUGGUGUGUUGGAGGCCGGCUGUCCGCUAGCUCUGCAUAGGAGGCACCUGGGCGGAGGCCUCCUUUUACACAGCCAGAGAUGGCAUCAGUGGACUUCAAGACUUAUGUGGAUCAGGCCUGCAGAGCAGCUGAAGAGUUUGUCAAUGUCUACUAUACCACCAUGGAUAAGCGGAGGCGUCUACUGUCUCGUCUAUACAUGGGAACAGCCACCCUGGUGUGGAACGGAAAUGCUAUUUCUGGACAAGAGUCAUUGAGUGAGUUCUUUGAAAUGUUGCCGUCCAGUGAAUUCCAAAUCAAUGUGGUAGACUGCCAACCUGUUCAUGAUGAAGCCACACCAAGCCAGACCACAGUCCUCGUUGUGAUCUGUGGAUCAGUGAAGUUUGAGGGUAACAAACAACGGGACUUCAACCAGACCUUCAUCCUAACUGCUCAAGCCUCACCUAAUAACACAGUGUGGAAGAUCGCAAGUGACUGCUUCCGGUUCCAGGACUGGGCGAACUAGGAAGUCAGAAAAGGCCUCUCUAGCCACAGCUCUGUAGGUAAAUAUAUGUAUAUCUCAAGAGUGGGAACACAGGUUUCUUUCUGUCUUGCAGGCUUCCCUGCCCACAUUGAAUUCUGUUUGCUCUUGUUUAAGGAUCCACCUUUUUGAGUGUUUACAUGUUUGUCUUAGAUGCCUUUUCAAAGUAGUAGACUUCUAUUUUUAUACUUAUUCACUAGAGACCCUGGUUCUGAAAAUUCUGGAUCCCCCCCCAAAAAAAAUGUAAUAAAAAUGUUGUUUCUUUA